CUCUCAUAGUUCACCCCUUUCUGCUUGCACUCUGCCAGUUAGUUAUGUAACUUUAUAUCAUUAUUUUAGCUGCCUCAUCGUCUGAUCCGGUGGCUGUGGAUCACUUUCCCAUGUCGCCUCUGCUGCUGUGAGGAGCUGCUGCUCCGCUGCCUGCGUCCUGCCUGCGUCCUGCCUGCUAUGGCGUCCGUGUAUAGCGGAUCCCAUACCUUGAGCAAAGAUGAUGUGAACUACAGGAUGCAUUUCCGAAUGAUUAACGAGCAGCAGGUCGAGGAUAUCACCAUCGAGUUUUUCUACAAACCGCACACUAUAACGCUGCUGACAUGCACGGUGCUCAGUUUGAUGUAUUUCGCGUUUACAAGAGAUGAUGGAAAUCCUGACAGUAAUCUCUGGGUGGGGCUCAUUCUGGUCAUCUCCUUCUUCCUAGUCAUCAGUGUUUUGGCAUUUCCCAAUGGUCCCUUCACCAGGCCACAUCCAGCAAUAUGGCGAAUAGUGUUUGGUCUGAGUGUGCUCUACUUUCUGUUCCUGGUUUUCAUCAUCUUCCUCAACUGGCAGCAGGUGAAGCAGCUCAUGUACUGGUUGGAUCCCAACCUGCGCUACGCCAAGAGAGAGGCGGACAUCAUGGAGUAUGCCGUAAACUGCCACGUCAUCACCUGGGAGAGAAUCCUGAGCCAUCUUGACAUUUUUGCGUUCAGCCAUUUCUGGGGCUGGGGUAUGAAGGCCCUCCUCAUUCGAAGCUAUGGCCUCUGCUGGACCAUAAGCAUUACCUGGGAGCUUACCGAGCUUUUCUUCAUGCAUCUGUUGCCCAACUUUGCGGAGUGCUGGUGGGACCAGGUGAUUCUGGACAUCCUGCUGUGUAAUGGAGGUGGAAUCUGGCUCGGAAUGACCGUCUGCCGCUUCUUGGAGAUGAGAACGUACCACUGGGCCAGUAUUAAGGAUAUCCACACCACCCCUGGGAAGAUCAAGCGAGCCGUGUUGCAGUUCACUCCUGCGAGCUGGACCUACGUGCGCUGGCUUGAUCCAAAGUCCUCCCUGCAGCGCGUGAUGGGUGUCUACCUGUUCAUGAUCAUCUGGCAGCUUACAGAGUUGAACACAUUCUUCCUGAAACACAUUUUCGUCUUUCCUGCGAGCCACGCUCUCAGCUGGUGUCGAAUCCUGUUUGUUGGUAUCAUCACAGCUCCGACCGUAAGGCAGUAUUAUGCCUACCUUACAGACACACAGUGCAAGAGAGUGGGGACACAGUGUUGGGUCUUUGGGGCGAUAGCCUUUCUGGAGGCCUUGGCGUGUAUUAAAUUUGGACAAGACUUGUUCUCAAAAACACAGAUCCUCUAUGUAGUCCUCUGGUUGUUGUGUUUGGCCUUCAUCACAUUCCUGUGUCUGUAUGGGAUGGUGUGGUAUGCAGAAACAUAUGGUCCGAGGGGAAAGAGCUUCUCAGAGUAUGAGGACAGUAAUUACACAGAGUCUCCUGAUCACAUGCCGGGGGAAUUUAAAGACGACAUUGACUCAAACGGUGAGAGCCCAACAAUCAGACGAAGGGGGAAAAACAAACCCUUAAACGGCAUCGACAGCCAGUAGGACGCGGAGGCGGUGCGGCAUCCAAACUCAAUCUGCAGAGCCAAGUGUGACGAGAAGGUAAAGAUGCAAACGCUUCCCGGUGUAACUGAAAAUCCACCACCCACCGCCACCACCCAACCACCACCACCGCCACUUUCUGGGGAAAGAGAGUGCAGACAGCAGAGGAGGAGAAGUGGAUGAACAGGUCGUCGUAGUGUUACGAUGAAAGUGUAGUGGCUCAGACUACAGAGAUGCACAUUGCAGUGUGCGCUGAAGAUGCUCCUAAGCCACUAACCACAGUCUGUGGGUGUAUGAGAGAAUAAAAACCAUUAUAGCUGUGACUGCAUGUACAUUGUAGCUUUUAAAUUACACGUAUCCUCUGACACAUUAUCAUUAAAGGCAGAUGUACAUUUGAAUGAACGCCAGUUCCAAACAUUUCAAUGUUAAAAGCCAUCUUAAAGAUUUGAUCACUUUAUUUGGAGCCUGUUUUUUUAUACUUGUAUCCUUCUCUGAUGAUCUAUUUACUAUUAAUGUGGGCAGGAUUUCAGUGCCAGACAGCUUUAGCUUGUUGGUGUGAACGAUUAAGGUUUAACUUGCUAUGAAGCACACAGUUUAAAGCACUUUGCAGGAGGCUUUCCUUGUAAAUACUGGACAUGUGAUUAUGUUCAAGUAUUAUGUGAACUUUGGUGAUCCAGAGUGACUUUAAUUUCUCUCUCCACCUGUGGCUGCUAUGUUAUUUAAAAAUGUUCUAUGUUUUAAUCUACAGAUAAAGUUGGGCAAUUAUUCGGAUACUUGCAUGUCCCCGUGCAACUGGUUUUCUUUUACUGGUGACCUUCUUGUUUCACUUAUUUGUUUUGCAUGACUGAUCAAGUGUUUUGACUGGAAAAUGUUACAACUGUAAGAAAAGAGUCUUUAUAUGAUCUAAACCUGAAAAUAAGUAUCGUCUUUUACUGUCAUUGUAAUAUUUUAAUUCACGCCUUGUGCCUGUUUGCAUGGAAUAUUUCUUAUUCCUAACACUUCUCAGUCUGUAUUUAGACUAAAUCUAAGCUCGCUCUCAUUAUUUACUCCCACCUCGAGUGCUUCGUUAUAGCUUUGUUGACAUUUUGUUCUAUCAGUAUCAUCUCAGCACUGAGAUCUAUCUUGUAUCCUCGACAAUCCAAAUGCUGGCCUCUAUGAAGCAGUUUCUUGCGCAAUACUAGGCUUUGUAAAUGGUACAAUGUCUCUGGAUUUACAUUUCAUUUUGCCAAAAAUAAUACUGUUGAUGAUGACCUGUGCUGUUUGUUUCACUGUGAAAAAAAGUCAACAUAUUAAAAUGUUUUACAUUUCCUCUUGA